AUGAGCAUCGCUCAGGCCUCGCCAGGGAGCACGUCGAGUCAGAUCAUCACGCCCCACUGGCAGCAGCAGUUGUUGAAGUGUGAUAUGAUUCGGGCAUCGCGGUCACCCCACCACCGCGCUCGUGCAAGUGCAAUGGCAUCGCGGACCGUCACUAAAUCAGCCAUCACCAUCACCAAUCCCAACAAACCUCCACCAUCAGAGCACAAUACGAAGGACAGCGAUGACUCGGCUACGCUAGUCAACGGUUCUUCUGCCGCACCCUCUCCAAAGGGCACUCCCGCGAAUGCCAACCAUCCCUCGUCCAUGGUCGGUCCCAUCGCAGAAGCGCCGCGACCAACCGCUGUGAAGCCACCAGAGAACACAUGGAGCUCGCUCGACAUGGGCGGCGUUCAGAUCAAGAAUAUCCCCUCCACGUCGGGCCUCUUCUCGUUCACCUUCCUCAUCAACCUCUACCUCAACCAUAACGCUCUUACCAACAUUCCUCCCGAAAUCUCCAAGCUCCGACAUCUAGAGCUACUCGAUCUUUCCGGGAACAACCUCAUGACCAUUCCCCCGGAGCUCGGAAUGUUGACGCAGCUGAAGGAGCUUUACCUGUUCGAUAACCAUCUCACAACCAUCCCGUACGGGCUCGGUACCCUUCACCAACUUCAAACAUUGGGUAUCGAAGGCAAUCCGAUGGAUGCGAACUACAAGGCGAUCGUUCAGAAGGAAGGCACUCCGGCGCUCAUCUCGUUCCUUCGAGACUCUGGGCCUGUAACACAGGGGCCUCCCCCGCGAGAAUGGCGCAACCUCGUCAGUCAAGCAGAACGUGAACUAUUCCAGUCGGAUCCUACAUGCGAGCAGUUCAGCGUGCUAUGUUACAACAUACUCUGCGAGAAGUACGCGACGGAACGGUUGUACGGUUACACGCCGUCGUGGGCGCUUGCGUGGGACUACCGGAAGGAGUUGAUUCUGACGGAGAUUGUCAAUUACGACGCCGACUUCAUCUGCCUCCAGGAAGUGGACACGGCGCAGUUCGAGGACUAUUUCACCAAGAAAUUAGCCGAUUCGGAUUAUGAGGGUAUAUUCUGGCCGAAGUCAAGAUACAAGACAAUGAGCGACGCUGAUCGGCGACUGGUGGAUGGGUGUGCUACUUUCUACAAGAAGUCCAAAUACCAGCUUGUCGAAAAGCACCUUAUCGAGUUCAACCAAGUCGCCAUGCAGCGUUCAGAUUUCAAGAAGACCGACGAUAUGUUCAACCGUGUCCUUAUUCGGGAUCACAUCGCUGUCAUCUGCUCGUUUGAGAACCGAGAAACAGGCACACGAUUCGUCGUGGCAAACGCCCAUCUGGAAUGGAAUCCUCAGUUCCGCGACGUGAAGCUCGUACAGGUCGCAUUGAUGAUGGAUGAAGUCGAGAAGAUCGCGAAUCACUUUGCAAAGUACCCUCCUCGGAUGCCCGUAACAUCACCUACCAAGUCGACUUUGUCGAGCCCACCGUCGCCGUACGAGGCUGAGCCGACACCUCGACCGGCCCCGUUGUAUUCAGAUGGCACCAAGAUCCCUCUCAUUGUCUGCGGUGAUUACAACUCCGUGCCCGACAGUGGUUUGUACGAAUUCCUGUCGAACGGUACCCUUCCGCCAGACCAUCCCGACUUCUUGUCACACUCGUACGGGAAGUAUACCUCGGAGGGCCUGCGUCAUCGUUUCGGGCUCAAGAGCGCGUUCGCUGGAAUCGGAGAGUUGUCCAUGACGAACUUUACGCCAACCUUCAAGGGCGCGAUCGAUUACAUCUGGUAUUCGACCCCGAAUCUCGCUGUGAACGCUGUGCUUGGCGACGUGGACAAGUCAUAUCUGGAGAAGGCUGUUGGGUUCCCUAAUGCGCACUUCCCAUCCGACCACGUCGCCAUCCUUGGAGAGUUCCGUGUCAAGCCACCGCGGGAAGCCCCAGCUCGUCCACCCCUUCCCGUUUUCCCGAGUUCGCACUAA